GAAAAACUGUAAAUGUCAAUAGCGGCAGCGACGCUUUUGCCCUUCAAUGCCAGAACGCCGUUAGCGUAUCUGCGGUAAUGGAGUGUCGUGUGUUGUCCAUUCAGAGUCAUGUUGUCAGGGGAUACGUUGGGAACAAGUCGGCAACAUUCCCGCUGCAGGUGCUGGGUUUUGAAGUGGACUCUAUCAACUCUGUCCAGUUCUCCAAUCACACAGCACAUGCCCCUACUUCGCUGCGAGCUUGCUGUUAAGUCCUCAUCGCAGGAGAUGCUCUCACUGGCUCAGGAUCAAGUUUUGGCUCCACGUGAUCUCCGUUUCUUUUGCAGCUACGCCCACUGGAAGGGACAAGUACUGACAGCAGAGGAGCUGAAUGUGCUAUAUGAGGGUAUCAAGCUCAAUAAGGUGAACCAGUAUGACUACAUUCUCACAGGGUACAGCAGGGACACGUCCUUCCUGGAAAUGGUGGUUGACAUUAUUCAGGAGCUAAAGAAAGCUAAUCCCAGCCUGGUAUAUGUUUGUGAUCCUGUUAUGGGAGACCACGGUGCUAUGUACGUUCCAGAGGGCCUGCUGCCAGUCUACAAGGACAAAGUAGUGCCUUUGGCCGACAUCCUCACCCCCAACCAGUUUGAAGCAGAGCUAUUAACUGGGAGGAAAAUUAACACAGAGGAAGAUGCUGUUGAGGUGAUGGACUUGCUUCAUAAAAUGGGUCCAGAAACUGUGGUCCUUACUAGUACAGACCUACCUUCAAAACAUGGGGACCAGUUCCUGGUGGCCCUUGGAAGCCAAAAAAUAGUGAAACCAGAUGGGACCAACUCCAGUCAGAAAAUUUGCAUGGACAUCCCCAAAGUCGAUGCUGUAUUUGUGGGAACAGGAGACCUGUUUGCUGCCAUGUUGCUAGCCUGGACUCACCAUCACCCCAAGGACCUGAAGGCUGCCUGUGAAAAGACUGUGUCAGUGAUGCACCACGUCAUUAAGAGGACGAUUACUUACGCCAAUGAGAUGGCUGGCCCCGGGAACAGGCCCAGUCCUGCACAAUUGGAGCUGAGGAUGGUUCAGAGCAAAGUCGACAUUGAGAAUCCUGCCAUUGUAGUGGAAGCUAAGGUUUUACAAAAGUCUUCACACUGAAGGCAGUAAUGUUUCCAUGAACAUUCACAUCUUGCAGGUAUAAAUCAGUUUCAAAUCGGGGCGGUCCACUAGACACAUGUAGGAUUUUCACAUCAAAGACUGUCACAUGUCACUGCCUUACAGAAUCUCUGAGGGGGUACAACUAUGUUUUCAUGAGAGGGGUCAGUAGGAUUUGUUGUACGUACAUUCUGCUUACAAACACACUGGAAUCACUGCCAUGUGUCUCUACUAUGGCCAGUGUAGACAUCAUCUACCCUUCAAAAGAUAAAAAGACAUUAGCCAACAAAGAUAGCGUGAGUGUACUUGAAUCGUACUUACUAUGGUGACAAUUAUUUCUUGCUAUAAAACCUUUCAUCUUGAUUAAAGCCGAUUAGAAAAUACACAAAACCAGUGAUGCGUGCAUGACCAUGCCUCUACUUGUUUUGGCUAUGAUAGUAAGUCAGCUCUCGUCACAUGUACUUGAAGUGUGUUGCUCACAAGGCAUUAUAAGCACAUCAGUAUACUAUCUAUAAUAUUAUCAAAAACAAAAUAUGUUAGGCUAGAUUUAACACCUAAUGCAAAAGGAAAGGGGUUAUGCAAAUAUGACGAUGUCAGAUUCACAGAGCAUUUUAUUGCAUUGUGACUUUUCUGAAAUGAUUAUAAUAUAAAGCUAUGAAUGCAUGCAGUGUGCUUACAGUGCACUUGGGUGUUUUAUAAUGCACUUCAAGUAAAAGUAGCCAACCUUAUACAUUCGGAUUGGAUGCAUUACAAGUGCUGAGAUAUGUAUUGUAACUCCCAUGUUAUGCACAUAGUAUGUAGUCUAUACAGUUUCAUUACCUCAAUUUAUUUGACUUUGUUUUGUUUUAGAGAAAUUGUAACUUUACUGAUAAUCAUGAUAAUGGUUGAUGUCUAAAAUUGUUCUUUUUAAAAAAUGGUUUGAAAAUGUUUUUCACCAUCUUUUUUAA